UAUAGCGGUGGUGUUGAUCGUAUUGUGAAAAGUUAAAAGAAACUUUUAUUCUAUAAUCUCAAUCAUAUAAUAAAACCCAUGUAAAUAGUGUAUAAUUAUUGCAUGAUUUUGUAGAAUAUAUUGUUAUUCUACACUUUUUAGUUUCUGAUAUAUACCAAUAAAAAGUGUUCUAAACUUGAAUAUAAAAAUAUAGGUUACAUUAAAUUUGUUCACUUUUCUUGGAUCUGUAUUUGAUAAACAGAAAACAAUGUCUUAUAUGUUGUCACAUCUCCACAAUGGAUGGCAAGUGGAUCAGGCAAUAUUAUCUGAAGAAGACAGAGUAGUUGUUAUUAGAUUUGGCCAUGACUGGGAUCCAAUGUGUAUGAAAAUGGAUGAAGUUCUUUAUAAUAUUGCUGAAAAAGUAAAAAAUUUUGCUGUCAUUUAUCUAGUUGAUAUUACUCAAGUACCUGAUUUUAAUAAAAUGUAUGAAUUGUAUGAUCCUUGUACAGUUAUGUUUUUCUUUCGAAAUAAACAUAUAAUGAUUGAUUUGGGAACUGGAAAUAAUAAUAAAAUAAACUGGACAUUAGAGGACAAACAAGAAAUGAUUGAUAUCAUUGAGACAGUCUACAGAGGUGCCAGAAAAGGUAGAGGUUUAGUUGUUUCACCAAAAGAUUAUUCUACAAAAUAUCGUUAUUAAUUAUCUUUAUUGACGAAAAUAUUUUAUAUUAAUGUAUGAAUCAGAGAGAAAAUAUAAGUAUGAUGAACUUACAUCAAUAAAUAAGAAUAUGGCGUAAUUACAAAUAAAUAUAAAGUUAUAUAUAGCAUAUAUGUACUUAUGCAAAUUAUUGUAAAAAUAUUAAGUAUAUUUGUAUAUUUAUUAUUUUACAUUUAUCUAUAAAUAGCAAUUAUAGGUUUGUAUAAAUUGGUUAAUUUAUUUUCUAUACAAGGAGAAGUCAAUAAAUCAUAGCUUAGUGAAGAAAGACUAGAUAAUUAAAACCUGAAAACAUAUUUUUAUUGGUUUUGUGUAUAUUAUUCAUUUUUGAUAUGCAUAUACAUUUAAAUAAAAUAGAAAUGUUUACACUCAAAGGAAGAUGUAGGACUUCUCAUGUAGGACUCUUGUCAAGCAAUGGUAGGUAGGUAGCUUAUACCUUCAAUAACUAUUAAAAGAUUAGACAUUUAUAUUAAUUAAAUCUAUUGUAAUCUUUAAAUCAUAUACCCAGUUAAAAGUAAACAAUUACAACCUUA